AUGAGUCAUUCGUUGCCACUCAUUUCUUUGAAGCGCGUUUGCAAACUGUCAUCGGAUUUUCACUUCCGAAAUUCUGAGACUAUCUUACGUGUAAGGACAAUUCUCUGUAGAAAUUUUGCCUCCCUCAAACGCAGUAGCAUAUAGACAUUACUAUUAUUUCCCUCUUUCCCAAAUCCAUUCUUUUUGUCGCAGCCGUUAAACUUGCUUUACAGCUCUGACCUUUAUUAUGCCCGCUACUUCCGCAUUCGUACCUUUCUUCACCUGUCGCAGGUACACAACCUGUCACUUGUAAAUUACCUGCGUCAGUUCGCUGAAACUUAAAGAAGGUCCUUAACUUUAUCGUUUUAUUUUAUUUGUCGAGGCUGCCCAGCCUAAUCGGAUAUAUUUAUAAGUCGUUGGCGGAGCAAUGAGCAGUGAGCCUGGGACCUGCGAGCUGUUAGCCGUGUCCUUGGAGGACGACGAUUCAGAGCCGGGGUUGGAGACCCGUCGCGACAGUUCGGGUAGCCACCUGGCAAAUGGUGGUUCCAGGACAGGAAUUCUCUCUGCCGAGGGCAAAGAUGCACUUUUGGCGAAUGGUGCGCCUAACUCCGGCACCAACCCGGAGGCGGACUCCGGGUUCACGGCGAGUCCUCUGGACUGUGGGGUGGCCGCGACGAGCAGCAGUUCAGAGGGAACGGCCAUGUGCGCGGUCCAUAAAUCAGAGCUCGACUGGUUCUGUAAAUUAGACGGGAAACUCGUCUGUUCGCACUGCGCAAUAGUGGGGUCCUGUCACGGCCACAGGGUCACCCCUGUCGCCCGAAGAGCUACUGAUGUCCGGAACCAGUUGGUGGACGUGUGUGAAAAGAUUCAGCUGCAGGCUUUGCGGAUCGAGACCUUUGUCAACAAGACCCUCAUAGCCAAGGAGCGUGCCCUGCACGGAGAGUCCAGCCGGGUGCGGGAGCGACUGAUGGGACAGAUCAGCCUGGUGAGGGAGGCCCUGGAGGAGGAGGAGCAGAGACUCCUGGAGGAGGUGCAGCGGGAACAGGACCGCAUUCAGCAGGGCCUGCUGACACAGAGGGCCCACUGGACCGAAGCGCUGGCCUCGCUCACAGACGUGCGCGCCGACCUGGUGCACACGCUCACUCACAUGGACGACUCCCAGCUCGCAGUCUCCGGUCAGAAAAUAGCAGAAAGGGUGGAAGAGGCAGAAGGAGUAGGCGAGCCCCGGGACACGGAACAGCUGAAUUUGGACCCAGGCUGCAGCAACAGCCGCCUGCUACAGGCCCUCUGGGCCAACACCAUACUGUCAGGUCCCUCAGGUCAGUACCACUGUCAGGUCCCUCAGGUCAGUACUGGUGUUGAGUCACUCAGGUCAGUACUGCUGUAUGGUCCCUCAGGUCAGUACCACUGUCAGGUCCCUCAGGUCAUUACUGCUGUAGGGUUCCUCAGGUCAGUACUGCUAUCAGGUCCCUCAGGUCAGUACUGGUGUCAGUACUGCUGUGAGGUCCCUCAGGUCAGUACUGCUGUGAGGUCCCUCAGGUCAGUACCGCUGUCAGGUCCAUCAGGUUCCCCUGGAGGCCUGAUUUGCGGCCACAUCAGCACUGCCUCCCUCUGGAAGCACCUGCUUCCUGCCCAGCGGCUGCGGUCGCCCCAGUACGACCUGGCGCGCUCCCCUGGCCAACCCUGCUGUGACGGUCCCUCCGGGUACCCACUGCUGGGUGCUGGAGAGCUUCGCCUCAGUGUCUGCACGCAGCAGGCCAAGGCCAACCUCCCGCUGCGCAUGCUCACCAAGCCCGAGACGGUCGGGGUGCUGCUGGACUGGCCGGGCCAGACCCUGCUGUUCUACGACCCGGAGUCGCGCGCCGUCUUCCACACCGUCUACCACAAAUUCACCGCCCCACUCCUGCCGGCCUGCGCCGUGGCGGACCACAGCAUCACACUGCUCCACUGAGCUCCAGGGCCCCCCACCACACUGCUGCACUGAGCUCCAGGGCCCCCACCACACUGCUCCACUGAGCUCCAGGGCCCCCACCGUACUGCUCCACUGAGCUCCAGGGCCCCCACCACACUGCUCCACUGAGCUCCAGGGCCCCCCACCCUCACCACACAGCACACUCGGGCUUCAGACCUUCAUAGUUUCUCCAGCACCCCCCCUCCCCCAAAUAAUGCCUACAGGGUCCCCCGGACACAGUCCCUACAGACCUGAGGGCACUACAUGGGCCCCCAGAUAGAGCCCCUACAGACCCCGGGCGCAACAGCUCCUUUGCUGAAUGCCCCACCCAUUCAGAGCUCCAGUUAACUGCAGCUCUGUUUUACUGUGAACCAAAAAACUCCAAAGUGUUUUGCUUUAUUCCUGGUCCUGGAGACCCACAGCCCUGGAAAAUGUAGGGGCCUGGAACACUAAGCCAAUGACUUUAGACAAGGUUUAUUUUCAGACCUAACCAGAGAAACAGGCAACAGUUUACUGUCCAGAUUCUACAUAUUGGUUACAAAGGACUCAUUAGCAACCCAGGCCAAUCAAAGAUCAAGAUAUAUCUCUGAGCCAAUCAGAGAUGAAGUUAUCCCUUUUGUAGCCUAUCACGGAUAUCAAGUACAUGUGGGGUGGAAGAGACAUUCCAGCAUCUGCACUGGGAAGUAAAUAGAUGCAAAAUGCACAACUGUGAUGUCAUUAUCAGCACGUCACAUGUCCAUUCUGUGGCAAGCAUGUGUGAUGAGGAAGAGGAGUUUGCGUUACCUUGGGAAGAACCCUGUGUUGUGCAAGAUACAAAUGAACACAAGCGUGGUGUUUGGCCUGAGACACAGUGAUUAGUGUUUGUCUAUAUGUCUUUUGCCUGAUAUUCAAAAAUGAAACAAUAAGCAAUCAGUGCUUCUUUGUAUGAAUGCAAAUUUUGUUCUUUUUGCACAAUCUGGGAACUGCGUGGGUAGACAUCAUAUGUCAGUGCAGUUACUAAAAUACUAUUUUUGAAGUAACAAGUCAGCAGCAUGUGAUGUGUCCACUUAUCCACUUGGCAUAACAGCUGAUUUAUAGACGAAGCACAAGAAAUCUGACAUCUGGAUCAAGAAGGGAAUUUGGCUAGAAUUAAUGACAAUGACUGCAAUUAUGUAAUUAAGACUCAAGUUUGUUGUUUUAUUAAUAAUGGUACAUAAGGUCACCAGAGGACAUAAUUUGUUUCUAAUGUUACAGUGUAGAGGUGUUACUCCCAGAAUAUUAUUUAUUGUGUAUAUUUGUUACUGUUGCAUGGAUAGUAGCGUUGGUCACUCAGUUAUUCUUUAUAAAGCCUUGGAUCAAAUUUAGACAUUCAGAUCUGCGAUUUUGCAUUGAUGAUAAUGUGAAUGAAUGUAUGUAUUAAUAUAAAAAAUCCUUUUUUCCCGAAUUUAAAUGUGGUAUGCAGUCUAAAAGUUUGCUGAAAUACCACCAGGGGGCACAGUAGGAGUGGUCAUGUUCACUGUUAAAAUGAACCGAUAAUAAUAUUAUGUAUAGAUGGUGGAUUUUUAGUGCGUAUCAAUGAUAGGACAAAGAGAAUGUGUGUAUAUACUUCUAAGAGAUUAACUCAAAGUGUUUUUGUAUGAAUUUAUUUGGGAGAAUGUAAUAUGUAAUCCUGAAUAACAGUUUUUUGCCAUGUGAGCAUAUUUCUUUGUAUGAAGGAAAGCCAGCAGGCUUGAUUUGGACAAUCUACUGCAGGUAAUGGCAUAAAACAGUCAUAUGAACUUUGCUUUUUUUCACCGAGAUUUCUAUAAUAAAUGUCAUCAAAGGACUGUUCAUUCAUUUAUUUCAUUAUGGUUGUUCAAUAAACCCGAAUUACUGUCCAUCUGAAUGGUAAAAUCAAAUUUAGAUUGUGUGCAAUUUAUAUGCGUUUUGGACAAAAGACUAUAAUCUCAUUUAUUUUUGCUGAUUUUCCACUGAAAUAGAUGUUUCAUUAUAAAUGUCUUGACACAUUUUCCAUGAUUUAUUGCAGUGUGGUUGCUGAAUAAAUAUGAUUUCUCAUCCAUCUGAAUGAGGAAAUGGCA